GUCGUUACAAUGCCACCAACCCUGCUGACGCUCUCGACUGUGUCAAACCUCGAGGGUACAUUACAACAACAAUAAUAAUAAUUAGCAUAAUCGUAAUAAUCAUAAUAGUAGUAAUUACAAGUAAUAGAAACAUAAUUAUUGUGCACAGGUACACACGCAUAUACUUAUAGAUAGACACACAUAGAACAUCUUCGCCGCUUUCCAAGUAAAAGGAACUAAACAUAAAUACAAUAACAAAAUAUUUAAAAAACAGAAGACAUAUAAAAAAGGUGAAAAUAAUAAUAAUAAUAUACGCAAAUAUCGAAAGGGAAGAAAAUUUAACGCUAAACGACGCCGAGAACUUGGAUAAAAAUAAUAAAUAUACAUAAAUAAAUACGAAGAGAAUCGGAAAAUUUAUACAUGAGAAACGAAACACAUAAAAAAACAAACGAGCUACAAAGCUAAAUAGUCCAAAAGAAUUAAUCUUUUACACGGAGAUAUGUAAUUACAAUAUUUGCAAUUGAAAAAGAAAAAUACAUGAUACAUAAAAUUGGUGACAAGAAAUAUCAAUAAAUAUACAUGUAUACGUAAUACACAACGUAAAUAAUAAAUGAGAUAGUUGAAAUAUAAGUGUGAUGAAAAAGUGAUUGAUUAUCAUAUGGUGUGAUUAUUACAUAUGAUAAUUUUGGUGGUGGCUAAUAAUAAAUUAUUCUGCAGUGUAUAUAAUAUGGUAUAUAAUAUAUUUAUUCAGUGAGAUUUAUUUUAUUAUCACAACGUAUAGAACGAAAAAGAGAAUUUAAUAUCGAAGAAUCGUGGUAUAGGAAUAACAAGUGUAUGUUUAUAUUAAAAACGAAUGUAUAAUAUGUUGUCUAUAAAAAGAAUAAUAAUAACAACAACAAAUUCGUGAAAUAAACCAAAAAAAGAAAAUAAAUUAAUAAAACCAAAAACAAAUAAAAGAAAUCCAAAGAACCAAAAUUCGAAAAUUAAGAAAUAAUUAUAAAUAAUAACUAAAUUCACUCUAAAAGUCAGGUGGAUGAAAUUAUUAUUAUAUUAUUAUAAUUAUUGCUAUAGCUCGUUGUGAAUAUCAUACCAAUAGAGGAUGAGGAUAUUUAUUAAUGAAAAAACGAAACACACAAAAAAGAAAAACAAAAAAUACUCAAAAUAAUGAUGACAACAAUAAUGAUCAUACCAAAUAACAAAUAAUUAAUCAAACAAUUUUCAUGGGGUAAUAACGAAUAUAAAUAUAACGAAUGUAUAAGUGUAACGAAAUAUAAAGCGAAUAUUAACGAAAAUAUAUACCUAAAAAGAGUGAAACAAAAAGGAAAGGAGAGAAGUGUGGCAGAGAGCAGCUGCUGCACCUGCGCAAGAAACCAAAAUCGCCGAGAUAUAUAUCUGCAUUAUAUAUCAACUUUACCUGCUACGCCACCUACAUAUAUGAAUAUUGAAUAGGGGGAUAAGGAUUUAUAAGUAAAAUCGAGAUUACAUUAUACAUAAAAAGAAGAAAUUCCUCAAAAUUGGAAAAUCAAUCAACAGCAGUCGCAUACAACGAGAAAACUCGAACUCACGAUCCUCUAUCACAGCAUAUAGAUGAUCAUCGGAAAUUGUAACGUCGACUUAACGAGAGGGAUGGUGGAAUGCGUGGGGCGGAUGAAAGUCGUCGAUAUUUGACGAGGAUAGAAAAAAAUCGUCCUGAAAUAAUCCACCCCCCCAGAAGAUAGAAAAAUAACAACAAAAAAUAUUGUCGAGAAAAAUUGAGAAAACAAAAGGGGGGAAAACAAAAAAAAAAUCGGCCAUACCAAAUUUUUUUAUAAAAUAUAAUGCAGCAGCCCCAGGGUGGGACUCCAAAUGGACCACCCAAUGGAGUUGCGGGUGGGGCCCAAAUGCCUGCGGUGGCUACAGGCCUUGGAACCAACCAAACUGGAGCCACUGGAACUACGUCAGUUGGCCAAAAUCGGGCACAAGUUAACGGGGGAAGAUUCGAUUUCGACGACGGUGGUACUUAUUGCGGAGGAUGGGAAGAUGGAAAAGCACAUGGGCACGGAGUUUGCACCGGACCCAAGGGACAGGGUGCUUACUCUGGAAGCUGGCACUACGGAUUUGAAGUUUCUGGCGUGUACACCUGGCCAAGCGGUUCGGCCUACGAAGGACAAUGGCAGAACGGAAAACGUCAUGGGCUUGGUAUGGAGACACGUGGCCGUUGGCUCUACAGAGGGGAAUGGACGCAAGGUUUUAAGGGUCGUUACGGAGUUAGACAAUCGACUACGUCGACCGCCAGGUACGAGGGCACCUGGGCUAGCGGACUCCACGAUGGAUAUGGAUCGGAAACAUACGCCGAUAGUGGGACUUAUCAGGGCCAAUGGCACCGGGGGAUGAGACACGGAUACGGCAUACGAGCGAGCGCACCUUUUGGACUUGCUUCACAUUAUAAACCACCUAAGCAAGUUAGGGCGUCCCUGACAUCCCUAAGGAGUGCGGCAGAUGGAGGAGCUGCGCCACCGGCUCCUACACCG